CCAAUGAGCCUGUAGCAGAGAGGAGCCAGCUGACCAAUGAGGACCGCGGGGCGGGAGCCUCUGCCGCGGCGGAGUCCAAGAUGGCGGCGUGCGGUUCCGCUGUGUGAAGCGAGCGCGGGGCGGCGGGCUCAGCAUCUCCGCGGAGACGACCUCCGGCGACCCGCAACAAUGAAGGGGAAGGAGCGCUCUCCGGUCAAGCCCAAACGCUCCCGCGGUGGUGAGGACUCGACUUCCCGCGGGGAGCGGAGCAAGAAGUUAGGGGGCUCUGGUGGCAGCAAUGGGAGUAGCAGCGGAAAGACCGACAGCGGCGGCGGGUCGCGGCGCAGCCUUCACCUGGACAAGUCCAGCAGCCGAGGCGGCAGCCGCGAGUAUGACACCGGCGGGGGCAGCUCCAGUGGCCGCCUGCACAGUUACAGCUCCCCGAGCACCAAAAAUUCCUCGGGCGGGGGCGAGUCGCGCAGCAGCUCCCGGGGUGGAGGCGGGGAGUCACGUUCCUCGGGGGCCGCCUCCUCAGCUCCCGGCGGCGGGGACGGCGCGGAGUACAAGACGCUGAAGAUCAGCGAGUUGGGGUCCCAGCUGAGUGACGAGGCGGUGGAGGACGGACUGUUUCACGAGUUCAAGCGCUUCGGUGAUGUAAGUGUCAAAAUCAGUCAUCUCUCGGGCUCUGGCAGCGGGGAUGAGCGAGUAGCCUUUGUGAACUUCCGGCGGCCAGAGGACGCGCGGGCGGCCAAGCAUGCCAGAGGCCGCCUGGUGCUCUAUGACCGGCCGCUGAAGAUCGAGGCGGUGUACGUGAGCCGCCGCCGCAGCCGCUCCCCCUUAGACAAGGAUCCCUACCCGCCGUCGGCCGGCGUGGUGGGCGCCUCCGUGGGCGGACACCGGCACCCCCCUGGAGGCGGCGGCCAGAGAUCGCUUUCCCCUGGUGGCGCGGCCCUGGGGUACCGAGACUACCGGUUGCAGCAGCUGGCUCUUGGCCGCCUGCCCCCCCCGCCUCCGCCACCGUUGCCCCGUGAGCUGGAGAGAGAGCGAGACUAUCCGUUCUAUGAGAGAGUGCGCCCGGCGUACAGCCUGGAGCCCAGGGUGGGAGCCGGAGCAGGAGCUGCUCCUUUCCGAGAAGUGGAUGAGAUUUCACCCGAGGACGAUCAGCGAGCUAACCGGACGCUUUUCUUGGGCAACCUAGACAUCACUGUGACAGAGAGUGACCUAAGAAGGGCUUUUGACCGCUUUGGAGUCAUCACAGAGGUAGAUAUCAAGAGGCCCUCUCGGGGCCAGACCAGUACCUAUGGCUUCCUUAAAUUUGAGAACCUAGACAUGUCUCACCGGGCCAAACUAGCAAUGUCUGGCAAGAUCAUUAUUCGGAAUCCUAUCAAAAUUGGUUACGGUAAAGCUACACCCACCACUCGCCUCUGGGUAGGUGGUCUGGGACCUUGGGUGCCUCUUGCUGCCCUGGCACGAGAGUUUGACCGAUUUGGCACCAUCCGCACUAUAGACUACCGCAAAGGUGAUAGUUGGGCAUAUAUCCAGUAUGAAAGCCUGGAUGCAGCUCAUGCUGCCUGGACCCAUAUGCGUGGCUUCCCACUUGGUGGCCCAGAUCGUCGCCUUAGAGUAGACUUUGCAGAUACAGAACAUCGUUACCAGCAGCAGUAUCUGCAGCCUUUGCCCUUAACUCAUUACGAGUUGGUGACAGAUGCUUUUGGACAUCGGGCACCUGACCCUUUGAGGGGUGCUCGGGAUAGGACACCACCCUUACUCUACAGAGAUCGUGACAGAGACCUUUAUCCUGACUCUGACUGGGUGCCACCCCCGCCCCCAGUUCGUGAACGCAGCACUAGGACUGCAGCUGCUGCUGUGCCUGCUUACGAGCCCCUGGAUAGCCUGGAUCGCAGGCGAGAUGGCUGGUCCUUGGACCGGGACAGAGGUGAGCGAGAUCUGCCCAGCAGCAGAGACCAGCCUAGGAAGCGAAGGCCGCCCGAGGAGAGUGGGGGCCGGCACCUGGAUAGGUCCCCUGAGAGUGACCGUCCCCGAAAACGUCACUGUGCUCCUUCUCCCGACCGCAGCCCGGAAUUGAGCAGUAGCCGGGAUCGCUACAACAGUGACAAUGAUCGAUCUUCUCGUCUUCUUAUCUUGGAAAGGCCCUCUCCAGUCAGAGACAGGCGAGGAAGUUUGGAGAAGAGCCAGGGUGACAAGCGAGACCGUAAAAACUCUGCAUCAGCUGAACGGGAUAGGAAGCACCGGACAACUGCUCCCACUGAGGGAAAAAGCCCUCUGAAAAAAGAAGACCGGUCUGAUGGGAGUGCGCCUAGCACCAGCACUGCUUCCUCAAAGCUGAAGUCCCCUUCCCAGAAACAGGAUGGUGGGACAGCCCCCACCACUGCAGCCUCUCCCAAGCUCUGUUUGGCCUGGCAGGGCAUGCUUCUAUUGAAGAACAGCAACUUUCCUUCCAACAUGCAUCUGUUGCAGGGUGACCUCCAAGUGGCUAGUAGUCUUCUUGUGGAGGGCUCAACUGGAGGCAAAGUAGCCCAGCUCAAGAUCACUCAGCGUCUUCGUUUGGACCAGCCCAAGUUGGAUGAAGUAACUCGACGCAUCAAAGUGGCAGGUCCCAAUGGUUAUGCCAUUCUCCUGGCUGUGCCUGGAAGUUCUGACAGCAGGUCCUCCUCUUCCUCAGCCACAUCAGACACUGCCACCUCUACUCAGAGGCCACUUAGGAACCUUGUGUCCUAUUUAAAGCAAAAGCAGGCCGCUGGGGUGAUAAGCCUUCCCGUGGGGGGCAACAAAGACAAGGAAAACACCGGGGUCCUACAUGCUUUCCCACCCUGUGAGUUCUCCCAGCAGUUCCUGGAUUCCCCUGCCAAGGCACUGGCCAAAUCUGAAGAAGAUUACCUGGUCAUGAUCAUUGUCCGUGCAAAACUGGUGAACUGCGGAUUGAAGAUAUGGAAUUCAAAGCUCUAAUGGACCUUUUUGAAGAGAAGUUGUGGCUUAUGUGGAGUUUACAUGGGCCUCUUGAUGGAAG